GCUCAGCACCAGCCGUCGUCGUCGAUCUGAUGUCGCCGCGUUGAAACAAAGAAGGGGCGAGCUCUCUGAUAUGAUCAUAUGCGUCGAGCUCUGAUAUGCAUCAGACGCUGGGCGCAGUACGCCUUGCAUACCGCUCGCGUAUCGCAAACCUCGUGAAGUCAGGUAUGAUCGACAACGCUGUUCAGGUGUUCGAUGAAUUGCGUCACUCAAGCUACCGUGUUUUCUCUUCCGAUUACAACCGUUUCAUCGGGGUCUUGGUCAAAGAGUCUAGAUUUGAGCUUGCUGAGGCUAUAUAUUGGGAUAUGAAGCCAAUGGGUUUCUCCCUCAUCCCCUUCACUUACUCGAGGUUUAUCUCGGGUUUAUGUAAAGUUAGAAAAUUUGAUCUCAUUGACGCUCUUCUGAGGGAUAUGGAAACCCUUGGAUUCAUACCUGAUAUCUGGGCGUUCAAUAUUUAUUUGGAUCUGUUGUGUCGAGAGAAUAAUGUAGGUUUUGCUGUUCAAACGUUCUUUUGUAUGGUUCAGAGAGGUAGGGAACCUGAUGUUGUAUCUUAUACUAUACUUAUUAAUGGGUUAUUUAGAGCUGGUAAGGUCACUGAUGCUGUUGAGAUUUGGAAUGAAAUGAUUCGUAGCGGAGUUAGGCCGGAUAAUAAAGCAUGUGCAUCACUUGUUGUUGGGCUAUGUCACGCUCGGAAAGUUGAUUUGGCUUAUGAGAUGGUGGCGGAGGAGAUCAAGAGUGCAAGAGUUAAGCUUAGUACAGUGGUUUAUAAUGCGUUGAUUAGUGGGUUUUGUAAAGCGGGUAGAAUAGAAAAGGCAGAAGCUUUAAAAGCAUUUAUGAGCAAGAUUGAGUGUGAACCGGAUCUUGUUACAUACAAUGUUUUGUUGAGUUAUUAUUAUGAUAAUAAUAUGUUGAAGAAAGCGGAAGGGGUGAUGAAGGAGAUGGUAAGAAGCGGGAUAGAGCUUGAUGCUUAUAGUUAUAACCAGUUGCUUAAGCGGCAUUGCAGGGUUAGUCAUCCUGAUAAAUGCUAUACCUUCAUGGUGAAAGAGAUGGAGCCUAGAGGUUUCUGCGAUGUUGUCUCCUACAGUACUCUGAUUGAAACAUUCUGUAGGGCGUCAAACACUAGGAAGGCUUACAAGCUCUUUGAGGAAAUGAGACAGAAGGGGAUAGUAAUGAAUGUGGUCACGUACACAAUUCUUAUCAAGGCUUUUCUUAGGGAUGGUAAAUCUAGUGUGGCAAAGAAGCUACUCGAUCAGAUGACAGAGUUAGGUCUGUCGCCAGAUCGCAUUUUCUACACAACAAUCCUGGACCAUUUGUGUAAAUCCGGAAAUAUUGACAAGGCUUAUGAUGUUUUCAAUGACAUGCUAGAGCACGGAAUUACACCGGAUGCGAUUUCAUACAACUCCCUUAUAAGUGGCCUCUGCAGGUCAUGUAGGGUAACUGAAGCUAUAAAAUUGUUUGAGGAUAUGGAGAGUAAAGAAUGUUGUCCUGACGAGUUAACUUUCAAGUUCAUUAUUGGAGGACUCAUACGGGAAAAUAAAAUAUCUGCAGCCUAUAAGGUUUGGGAUCAGAUGAUGGAUAAAGGAUUCACCCUUGAUAGAGAUGUGUCCGAUACACUCAUCAAGGCUAGCUGUUCAAUGAGUGCUGAUGUUUAGGCAUAAAAAGGGUAUACACUUUUGAAAUUUUCAACAUUAUCUUCUCUUGUGCAAAAAUGCCAUCUUAGUCAACAUAAGGCGGAAGGGAGAUGCUGAUACAGAGUCAUUUCAACUCUACUGAUACCUGCGACUGCUUGGAGAGCAAUAACAAACUUAUCAGCUGACUCGCAUUAAUACUCCAGAAGGAUUGAUUGUGGAACAAGACUGCCAGCUCUCGUACAUAAGAGAUAAAACGAUUUUCUCUUAACUCAGUUUAAACCCAUUCCUCAGAAAUAUUAGACUGAGGACUGAGCAUAGUGGCCUGAUAAAAGGAUUUACCUUUGCUAUGCAUCAGCACAUCAAUCUUGUUGUUGCUUGGAGCAUACGGCACAAUCGAACUAUGCUGCCUCAAGAAGCUGCAUCUUAAAGGCUGGAAGCCAAAAGAAAGAACUAAGCCUUUAUAAAUGCGAGACAGGAAGAGGAAGGAAGACACCCAUUACUAAAUAGAGCGUCUAUUAAGCUUUACCAUAAUUGGAACCUGAUCAACAUCCUGAUGGUCCCUCUAGCUCAUGGACCGCUCCGCACCACGACCAGAUCCCACAGACUCACUCAACUGCUCCACCUGGGGUGAAAAUAAAGACUCGAGGACGCCACCAGACUGAGCCACCUGAC